AUGCUUGACUGGGCAAUUAAAGAUGUGGUAAGCUCAGGUAGUACAAAACCUGACUCUAAUAAAAUCUUUGAACAGUAUGAGACAAAUUCAUUAUAUCUUGACGUGAACUCUACGUGGUCGUGGUCAGCAUUCAUAACUUCUUAUACUACCGGCAAGAAACACGACAAAACUGCUAACCUCGCCAAGAUCAGAGAUGCUAUCAAAACCACACUACUUAGUGACAUACAGCAGGGCAAGUCCGCGUUUUGCAUAACAGUUAACAACGGGGCCACAUGGCGCCUAGAGGCAAGAUUCAUGGAUGGAUAUAGCGCAGCGCCGUUUCAACCUGGCGGCGGCUGGACAAUCCCAUGUAUAGAAAAUGAUAAUGUUUUGAAACGCCGCUUGCCGGGACGCAACUGGCCAGAUAUACAAGCAAUGUUCUCCAUUAAUAAAGUGGUUAAUCCAUUUGGGUCUCUGAUAGAGAGAUCUUUUGUUCGUCAUAUCUCGAUUCUCAGUAGUCUUAAACCAAGUGAAGGCUCCAUCAAGGGCUACAAAAGAUUGGGUAGAGGUCCAUCCAGUGGUAAAGGUAAAACAUCAGGGAGAGGUCAAAAAGGUCAAAAGGCUCGUGGUCACGUUAAGUCAUGGUUUGAAGGUGGUCAAACUCCUAUUUACAAGCUAUUCCCAAAAUUGGGGUUCACAAACGUUACAUCUUUGGACUUAAAAGAGUUGAACUUGGAGAGAAUCAAAUGGUUCCAUGAUAAAGGCCGUUUGAACCUACUACCUGGCGAAGUUCUAACUAUGAAAAAAAUGAAGGAUCUAGGUCUUGUCACUGGCCCAAUCAGAGAUGGUGUUAAAAUAUUGGGUGAUGGUAAAAUCUCCUUUAACCUUCCAAUAAAAAUCGAGGCUACCAGAGCAUCACAGGGUGCAAUUGCUGCAAUUGAGAAGGCUGGCGGAAGCUUCACUGCCAGAUACUUCAGCAGACUAGGUUUAAGAGCACAUCUAUCACCAAAUUGGUUCAUUCAAAAGCGUGGAAGAGUGCCACUACAAGCCAGACCUACAAAGAGAAAGGAUAUCGAGUUCUACUCUAGUGAAGAAAAGAGAGGUUACUUGGUCAUGGAGAAUGACCCAUACUACCAAAUUCUAAAAGGAGCCAAGGAAGAAGGAGGAAAGAGUUCGGCUACACGGAAAACCAAGAAAACUAAGCUAGAGUUGCAAAUGGAGCAAUUAGAGAACGAUUUUGUCCCACCUCAACCAAAAUCCGGAAUCAUUCAAGAAUAA